CAAGGUUUACGUAGGACGUUGAUUUAUACAGGCAAAUUACCCUGACUUUCGGCAGGCGGAAAAAUUAUACCCCCGGGAGAGAAUACAUAAAUUAUGUCGCGCCUUUUUUUGUUGUUGUUAUUUUUCCUUUAAAAUAAUAACAUGGCAUCUCAAUUCUACUGGAGAGCAGGCAGCAUCUUGGGUGCUUCUGGAUUAGCUUUAGGCGCUUUUGGAGCUCACGGACUUGUGAAAGUCGUUGGAGACAACCCCAAGAAACUUAAGAACUGGGCUAUGGCUGCCGAAUUUCAAAUUAUCCAGGGUGUUACACUUUUAGUGUUAUCCUCCGUUCCUGCUAGUGUGCGUCGUAUUCAUCCUGCUGCUGCUCCCUUAAUUUUGGGUGGUACUGUUAUGUUCAGUGGAGCUAUCUAUAUGUCAACUCUUGAUCGUAACAAGUUUCAUCUUCUUCCUCCUGCAGGAGGUCUUGCCAUGAUGGCUGGCUGGGCAGCUCUUUUGUUGUAAUAAUAAAACAUGAUGGAUCACUUGUGUUAGUCUUGUGAUCCGGAGAAUGCUAAUUCGGAACAUGUGCAUGGGGAAUGGAUCAUUUAUGAUUAAGAGGGCAUAUAAAGCAGU